UUUUCAGGGCAAUACUUAAUUUCAUGACUUAAUUUUAAGGUUGUUAUAAUUUUAUAAAAAAAAGUACAAGUUCUUCUUAAGAUUUAAAAAAAAUGGACUUUGAAAAGAGCCGUUUAGUUUAAUUAAUCUUAAAAGCUCCAUUUAGGCCAAAUAGGCAACACUAGUUCAAAAUUCAAAUUUAAAAAUCUAAUAGACUACACAUAUGAAGCCAUCUAGUAAACUAUGGUAAAUCUCAGUUUUACAUACAUCUUACUGGUAGUUACUUAAUCUGGUUUGUUUAGUUGACUUUUUUGAGUUCAUAAUCUAAUAAACCAAAUAUGUACUCAGAUGUACAUCGAAUCCUCUUGCAAGCUUGUGCAAAUAAUGGAUGCUUGAAAAUUAAUAACGCUUUGCAAAUUUUAGAAAAAGCAAUUGAAGGGAAUCAAGACCAGGAAAACGAAAUCAAUAAAGAAAACCUUAAAAAGUAUAUUAAAGAAAUAAAUAACAAAAUCUCAAAUAUGGGUCAGAAACUUGAAGUAAUAAAACAUGAAUUUUUAAAAGAAGAUUUCCUAGUUUUCGCUAAUACUGUCCAAGAUUCAAUAAAUGAAUUCCAACUUCAAUAUAACCCUGCUGAGUUGAUGUAUUUGAGAAUUUUGCUAAGAAAAAUUGUAGAACAUCCAGAACAUUGCUUGAAAAUUAUUUUAGCAAUCAACAGUGUUUGUGAUGUAAAAGAAAAAAACAUUCCUAAAGCUCAAGCCGAAAAUCUUUUAGAUAACUGGAAAAACUUAGGCUAUUUUAUAAUCGAAAAUGACUGCGUGUGGUUAGGACCACGGGCAAUCGUAGAAUACGGCAAUGUACUAAAACUACAGUUCCCUAAUGAAAUUCAGACUUGUCCGCAAUGCAAAGUUGUUGUUUUUUAUGGAGUUAAAUGUGGAAAUGAGAACUGUGAGACUUCAUUUCAUCGAAAUUGUGUUGCGGAACAUUUAACACAUUUUUCCGAUUGCCCAUCUUGCAAAACCUUGUGGAAAGGCACAAAGUAGUUGUAUAUUCAAAUCUUAAUAUAUGCAUUAAUCAUUUAAAAACGCUUCCAACAAGGUUUGGAAAUAUUUUUGGCAUGAUUUUGAUGUUGUAAUUUUAUACUAGUAUACAUACUUAGUUGAAUAUUCAUACAUGUAUAUUAUUUUUAAUACAAAAAAAUAUUAAUAAUUUUAUUGAA